UUGGAGCCUGUAGAUAUAGCACAACCCACUACGGGGGAUUGGCCAUGAAUCGGGCGGCAGUGGGUUCAAAAAGAAUAAAUGCCUAAAUAGGAUUUUUUUUUUACUGAAAAUGUGAUAUUAAAUUAAUUCCAAUCGUUAAUAAUAAUUUUCAUGCUAUAGUUUCUUAAAAUUAGAAGUUAAUAUUUUUUUUUACAGCGAAAUGGAGCGUAGAGUUUUUGACACGUCUAUUUUUUCUAUGCCUGUCGCGUGCCAUGAAAGUGAAAGACGCGCCCGGGGCACGUGGCGCGUGCUAGCCGUCGCGCAGUGGAAGAAGAUUUCGGCCUUCGCCGUUCGCCGGAAGCCGGCAGCAAAAUUUUCUGUGCUCCGGUUCUCUGCGGCGCCAGGGCGGUACCGCUGGAGUGAUGAGCUACCCUGGGGGCAACCCGCCACAGGGGGGCUACCCUCCACACGGUGGCCAACCCCCGGCACCACCUCGGGGCGGCUAUGGCAGUGGCUCCGGCGGAUACCCCCCGCCACUCGGAGGAGGAGCCCCUGGUUACCCGCCUGCCCCAGGAGCUGAUUACGGUCCACCAGGAGGCUACGGGCAACCGCCAAGUGGCCCUCCAACGUACGGGCAAGGUGCACCUGGCGGUAUGCCACAACCAGGUGGUAUGCCACAACCAGGUGGUAUGCCACAACCAGGUGGUAUGCCGCAACCGGGAGGCAUGCCGGCACCGGGCGGAGGCUAUCGGCACGAAGCGGACGGAUACGGGGCUCCUCCUCCGCCUUCGUACGGGCCCCCGCCGCCUUAUGGAGCUCCUCCUGCUCCUUCUUCAUCCUACGGAGCUCCACCACCGCCAUCGUAUGGAGGCCCGCCAAGUCGGCAGUCGUCUGCAGAAUACCCCACGGCGCCUUACAGCGCACCGCCGUACGCCGCACCGCCAGGAUCCAGCACUUAUCCGCCAGCUCCCCAAGGCGGCUACGGUGGACAAGGGGCCAGUUACGGAAGCGACAAGGGCGGUGGUUACGGCGGUGAGCGGGAUCAUGGCUACGCCAGUGAUCGGGGCGCUGGUUACGGCGGUGAGCGAGGCCGUGGCUACGCCAGCGAUCGGGGCGGCGGUUACGGCGGCGGCCAAGGCUCCAGCUAUGGUGGAUCCAGCACCAAUUAUGACGCAGGACGGUCUUCCAGCUACAACGCGAGAUCCGGCGGGACGGGAGGCACCUACAAAUCCUGCCAAGGAACGCUGAAGCCAUACCCAAACUUCGACGCAAAGCAAGACGCUCAGACACUAAGGAAGGCUAUGAAAGGAUUCGGCACAGAUGAAGACACCAUUAUCAAUGUCCUCUGCUCACGGAUUUCCACCCAGAGGCUGGAUAUUGUUACCACCUACAAGCAGAUGUUCGGCCGUGACCUGAUCAAGGACAUCAAAUCUGAGCUUCGUAGCAACUUGGAGUCCAUUAUGGUCGGCCUGCUGUACCCGAUGCACGAGUACCUGGCGCGCGAGUUGCGCAGUGCCAUGAAGGGCAUCGGCACCGACGAGGACUGCCUUGUGGAGAUCCUGUGCACGCGAAGCAAUGGCGAUAUCAGGAGGAUCAAGGAGACCUACCACGACAUAUUUGGGCGAGAUCUGGAGGAGGACCUCAGAAGCGAAACGUCUGGCCACUUCCGAAGGCUUCUGGUCUCCAUGUGCAACGCGAGCCGCGAGGAAGGCGUAACUCCAGACCCCGGUCGAGCGAGGAACGACGCUCACCACUUGCAGCAAGCGGGCGUCCAGCGCUGGGGCACCGAUGAGUCGGUGUUCAACCAGAUCCUGGCCAGCCAGAGCUACGAUCAGCUGCUGCUCGUGUUUCGCGAGUACAACGCCCUUACCAACCAGACCAUUGUCGAAGCCAUUUCAAGGGAGAUGAGCGGAGACCUGCGCAAGGGUUUCCUCGCGAUAGUAAAGUGCGUCUACAACAUCCCGUAUUACUUCGCCGAGAAGCUGUACAAGAGCAUGAAGGGUGCUGGAACUAAGGACAAGACCCUCAUUAGAAUAAUCGUGUCCCGCUGUGAAGUGGACAUGGUCCAAAUUAAGGAGGAGUUCAUCAGAAACUACAAGACUUCGCUGGAAGGUUUCAUACAGAGUGACACCUCGGGCGACUACCGGAAAGCUCUCCUUGCCCUCGUCAACGGAAACUGAUCUGUGAGUUUAGCAUUGCCGCCUAGAAUCUGCGGAAAAACCGGCGUCCUCGUACGGCAACAAAGACAACGCCUGCGCAUAUUAGCACUGGGAACACCGCAGCAUCAUCUUCGAAAAGCAGACUUGCGCCAUGCAGCUGCUCCUCAAGAAAGCAGUCCUGAAAUAAAUUUGCGCCGGACCUUAAAAAAAAUCUAAACAAAGGUGCAU